CCUAAUAUGUUGAACCAUUGCAGACUGCUCACUUAGUACUGACUUUGGCUUAUGUCAUCAGAUUCAGGACUUUUUUGGCCUGACCAGACUCUGCUGACAGUUCACUCCAGGCAGUGACAUUUCCUGAACUCUGCCAUGGGGUGGAUACCUGUGGCCGCCUCUGCAGGCCGCACAUUGAGCGGCCUGCUGCAGACUCAGUGCUGGCCUCUCUGUCUGCGUUUGGCCAGCUCGCGGCCGACGCCCUCGCUGGACCCCUCUCUGCCGACGGACGACAUCGAGUCGCCGUCGCGGCGGAAGGCGUUCGCCGCGCACCUGAAGCGGAUGCGGAGCCGGGCGCAGGCGCUGCCGCAGCCGCUGGUCGACGCCCUCCGCCGGUCCGUCGAUGAAUUCUCGGUGGCCGACCUGCGGCGGGACGCCGCGGCACUCAGCUACCGGCUGGCGGCGCGGCGCCCGCCCACCGAGGACGCCGAGAUGCAGGCGCGCGCGCAGGCUCUCGAGCAGCAGUACAUCAGCCAGCGUGAGCAGGUCAACGAACAGAAGCUGAAACAGUUUGUCAUCCAGCAGCUGCGGCAGCAGGUGUACCACUGGCAGCCGCUGGAGAUGGCCUCGGCCUACGAGGCGGCCGUGUACGCGGUGGCGCGGCUGGCGCCCGAGUUCGCCUCGCUGCUCUACUGUUUCCGCCAGGUGGCGGCGCGUGACCCGGCGUUCGGGCCGCAGGCGGUGCUGAGUUACGGCAGCGCGGUGGGCGCGGCACUGUGGGCGGCCCGCCACCUGUGGCCCGACAAGGUGGCAGAGUUUGUGGGCAUCGAGCGGCGGCGCUACCUGUCCGAGCUGUGCGCGCUGCUGGCGCACGGCGGCCGCGCCGACGCGCCGCCCGACCCGUCCGUCUUCCUGCGGCCGCUGCUGCCCUCCUCCAGCCGGCUCCGGUACCCGCUGGUGGUGGCGGCGCACGCGCUCAUGGAGCAGCCGUCGCAGAGCGAGCGGCUCGAGCUGGUGUGCUCGCUGUGGGACCGGACGGCGCCCGGCGGCCGGCUCAUGCUGCUCGAGACGGGCACUAACGCCGGCUUCCUGCUGGUGCUGGAGGCCCGGGACCUGGUGCUGCGACUGGCCGCGCAGCGCGACGGCGCGCCAGUGCACGUGGAGGCGCCCUGUCCGCACGACGGCGAGUGUCCGCGCUUCAGCCGCAGCCUGACGCCGUGCCAUUUCCGCGUGCCGUACUGGCCGCUGGCGCUGGGCGGCGCGGCGCCGGCCGAGGUGCGCCACGCGCCGCUCUCGUACGUGGUGCUGCGGAAGGGCGCGCGGCCGGCCGGCGACCGUCAGUGGCCGCGCGUGGUGCAGCCGGUGCUCUGCCGACACAAGCACGUCAUCUGCCGGCUCUGCACGGCGCGGGGUGCGCUGGAGGAGGUGGUGGUCACCCGACGGCGGCACGGCCCGGAGCUCUACCAGUGCGCCAAAAAGGUCAGCUGGGGCGACACCAUGCCGGUGGAGCUGCGGGACAGCCCGCCGGACAGGGCCGGGGACCGCUGAAGGUCGGCCGGGUUAGGGAGCCAGCUGGGGAAGGGGGCGGCUGGAGACGGACAGCAGGGACGGGCGCCGCUGGUCCCUAUGGGAGCGGAAACGUGAGCCUGCUAUCUCUUGCGCUGUUUCCGAGUUUGGUGUGAUGGUGAUCCGUUCAUCGUCGCCCGUGUGCUGUGGUAUACAAGAAUGCUUCCUUAGUCGUACCGGUACUUGAUGCACUGUUAUUUGUGUACUUUUGCGUGCGUGUUCGUGUACUUGUGAAGGAAAGGUCAUGGAAGAGUGACUAGUGAGUCACACGUCAUCAUCAUUGAUCAAUGAUCUACGAUCAUCGUUAUUAUGUCGCCUCGCCAUUUUUAGCAAGGAUUGCAAUAGCCUAUUUUUGCCAUUAAUAUAAUUGAAGAAAGGUAGCUAUGCUCGUUUUGGAGAGGUAAUUGUAGAAUGACUUCGUUUAGACCUUUCGUAUAGACUUAGGCCGACACUAGUUAUUAGAAAAUUACUUUCGCUAUUCAGUAUUCGGUAUCCCAAUGUACCGUAUUGAUUGCUAAAACCCUCUUAACUUUAUCUCUUCGGUCAUAUACAACCAUUCAUGACACGUAUUUUACU